CACACACACACACACACAAGGACUACACGCAGCAUUUUGAGAAUUACAUUGUUGCACAUUAUCCAAGGGCUUAGAGACGAUAGAAUAACGGACAGGAGGACAAAAUCCUGGUGCACAUCUGCAUCAACAUACUACGUGGACGCUGGAAACGACCACCGACAGAGAACUGAUGUGAAUAAUCAUAUGGAAGCUGAAUGCUGUUCAUUUAGUGCAACAUCCACAACAGUCUGCAGAAAUUUACAUUCCAGAGAGGAGGUGAAGUGGGUGUCUUUAUAUUCCAAAACUGCCCCGGCUUUAAGAAUGCAUCAUGAUGAAGUGUUAUGUGUCCUAAGAGGCACUGCAAGUUUGGAAGGUUGUCUGAAUCAAGAAGAGCAGCUGUAGGCACCCACAGCUGGAUUUCACUACCAUCCUGAUGCACUGCACCCUCUCGGACUGACGGGUUUUCUCUGGCAGCAAAUUGGCAGAGAGAAAGAGAACUCACACAGGUGGACCAGCAGCAUCCCAGAGAUUAUAGAUUUGGAGAUUACAUGACAACAGCAGAUCAGGGUACAUUGCCUUGUUGAAAUCCGAGUUCUCCACCUCACCAAUUCCAUUAAGAGCUGUUUUUGUGAAAUUGGCAAGCGAGUCCUGCGAUGCAACACAUUUGCAAGCACUCGGCCGAUCACAUACUCCACUAGCUGUUAGACAGAUGCAGUGUUAGAAGAAAAUCAGAUGAAUCUUCAAGCUACUUUCAUUGAAGACACCGUAAAGACCAAGGGACUAGCAUGGUGGGAUGUCUUUGCAUUUAAAGUAACUCACAAGGUACACAACUACUGCUGAAUGAAUGAGAUGGAAAGCGUUUUGAGAGUGUUGUAGAAUGUUAGGCUAUUCAAGAUGUUUGCAAAAGGGCUUCAUUACAAGUCUGUGAGAAAACUCCACCCUUUUCCACCUCUGGCUGCAAAGUUUGACACGGUGGCUUGCUAGACGGAGCGUACUGACGUGGACAAACCGGAUUACAGUGACAAAUUUGGACUCGUAGAGGACCAUAAUGGAACAGACACAGAUGACAGCCUAGCUUGUCUGGCACUGGGAUGUCAUAACCACAGAGUGGGAUAUUCCUCCAACUGUCACUGCAGGGAGAAUAGAGCCGAUCACACACACGCCUACAAGCAGACUGAUUUUUAGAGGCAAAAGACUGGUGUAUGUGUGAACUGUGGCAGUAUAGACAGUUCAAAAGUGUGAAAGAGAGAGCUGGAGGAGAUCACAUAGUGUAAGGGGAAGAGAGCGAAAAUAAAGAGCGCUAAAAAGGCUCCACAGCAGUGGUGACACAUUAAAAAAGAAGACUGACAGACUGGAGAUCGGCAGUGGCAGUUCACAGGUGUACAAUUUUGUGAGAUUCACACACUUUUGGGUUUAAAACCUGUCGCUCAGUACGCCGAGUAGUACUGAGUUCAGUUUGGGCACGGUGGCAGGGGCCGGUUCAUGGCAGUGGGGCGGGCGCAUGCCGCCUGUGCCUCCGCAGCGAGAGGGACGCUUCGGCUUGGGAUGGGGUUGGGCCGCAUGGGCUCGGGCUCAGAGGACGGGCGAGCUGAGAGCCUGGGUGCCCGGCGGAGUCAGGCCUGCGGUAGCAGGAGAACGCGGGGGUAAACAAUGCUCCCUUCGCUUCUGCAUGGUCUUGGGAUCCCUCGCCCUCCUGUUCCUCACCUCACUCUUCUUCUCCUUCUCGCUGAGAGGAGGAGCCGGCUUGCCUUACUUGGAACCCCCACGAUGGGAAGAGUCACACAGAGUUAAGCUAGUGCCCAGCUAUGCCGGUUCCCACCAGGUCAUCCCGGCCGAGAGCUCUCAGCAGAAGACAUGUGCCUGCUCUCAGUGCGUGGGCGACCCAGGUGUUUCUGACUGGUUCGACGAGAACUAUGACCCGGACAUCUCACCUGUGUGGAUUCGGGACAACAUCCAGCUGCCUUCAGACGUGUACUACUGGUGGGUGAUGUUGCAGCCUCAAUUCAAACCCCACAACAUCCAGCAAGUUCUACAGAGGAUGUUCCAGGUCAUUCCAGACCAUUCCCCGUACGGUUCGUGGGACCCUGCCCGCUGUCUGCGCUGUGCCGUGGUGGGAAAUUCGGGCAACCUCCAGGGGGCAGGUUACGGUCCAGUGAUUGAUGGCCACGAAUUCAUCAUGAGGAUGAACCUGGCUCCCACUGUAGGGUACGAAGAGGAUGCCGGCAGCCGUACCACACACCACUUCAUGUACCCAGAGAGUGCCAAAAACCUGGCGGCCAAUGUUAGCUUUGUGUUGGUGCCCUUCAAGACUCUCGACUUGUUGUGGAUCACCAGUGCCCUCUCCACCGGACAGAUCCGCUUCACUUACGCUCCAGUGAAGCAGUUUCUGCGUGUGGAUAAAGACAAGGUUCAGAUCUUCAACCCAGCUUUCUUUAAAUACAUCCAUGACCGCUGGACACGUCAUCAUGGCCGCUAUCCCUCCACUGGCAUGCUUGUGCUGUUCUUCGCUCUACACGUAUGUGAUGAGGUGAAUGUAUUUGGCUUUGGGGCGGACAGCAGGGGAAACUGGCACCACUAUUGGGAGCAGAACCGCUAUUCUGGAGAGUUUCGUAAAACAGGUGUCCAUGAUGCAGACUAUGAGGCCCAGAUCAUUGACAAGCUGACCAAGGCUGGCAAGAUCUCAGUCUUUCCUGGAAAGUGAAUCUGUGCACCAGGUGCAAAGAAAUGGAUCAACUGAUGGACUACCAUAAACAAAACCAACCAUUAUCCACUUCACACACACAGUGUGCCUGUUAAACAUAACCAAGAAGUAAUUUUUCAUGGUCUUAUUACCAUUCUAUGCUGUCCUGAAUGGACAGGAUUCAGGGCAGCAUCCCCAUGGUGUGGUGGUUUUGAGAGGAGACACUAGUACUAAAUGUACUAAUGUGCUUUUCCUUGCAAGACUACCUCAACUAGGACAAGGAACGUGACUUGGCAAGGAACACUAAUAUCUCACCACUAAAUAGCAUGUUAGAUAUAUGUGCUGGGAAUGGAUUUGGCUUAUAUUAAUGGCUUUUGUUGACUAGUGUUGGGAACUCUUAUCUCAUGCCGAGGCCCCGUAGAUGAGUGAGACCAACAAUUACCAUACUGUAUCCUAGUACUCUAGUAGUUCUCUGUGAUUCAUUAAAGAGAUAGUUGACUCAAAAAAUUUAAAUUGUCAUAAUUUACUCACACUCAUCUCGUUCCAAACCUGUGUGAAUUACGUUCUUCUGCAAAGCACAAAAGAUAUUUUGAAGAAUGUUAGAACUGUUUAUGUCAGUGAGGUCAAUAGGUUCCAAAGUUGUCUUGCACCGUUGUCUUCACAGAAGGAAAAGUCAUACAGGUGUGGAAUUAAAUUAAAAGCUUGGACAUAGUGGCAGGUUGUUUCACUAGCGUUAUAGCGCAGCAGUUAGGCUCCUCACAUCACCAGGCGCACGUGGUUUGGAAGUUACAUUCCUGCUGUUAAACCAAGCUUUGUUUUGUCUUGAGAUAUUUUGUUUAGUUGUUCGUGUUUGAAAUGAUCAUGCUAACAGUUUGCAAUCACUGUGUGCUCACAGCAGUAUGAACAAUUUGGUCUUUUUGGUUUGUUAAUUUUUGCUAAUUAUGUUUGAGUACUUAUUGUUCCUCUGGUCUGAGGAGGGUGCACAGGGAUACUCGACAGCAGGAGCUGAAACCACUGACAGUCCUAAAUGAACACAUAUGAGCAAUAUAUUAAGUACAAACCAACACUAAUAAUGGUGUGGUGAUUGUUCUAGAGAUGCACUGUGAACAGUGGUAGAGCUUCAUUGUCGAUCUUCAGCAGCACACUACUCUUAAAUUUAACGUAAUAGUGUUAUAUAAUAGAAACGACAGAAAAAAGCAUUAGAUUGAGAGAAACGGAAUAUAAACGUUCAUUUAUGAAGCCUGAUGUAUUGCGAUACAAUUUAUAACUAGCUGACAGACAGAUCUUGAAGUUGUGGUGGAAUUCAUUGAUGAGCGUUUUCUUGAAGGCAUGUAGACACUGCUGCUGUUCAGUCAUUUACCAUUAAAGGGUUAGUUCACCCCAAAAUGAAAAUUAUGUCAUUAAUUACUCACCCUCAUGUCGUUCCAAACCCUUAAGACCUUCG